AUACUGUGUUGUGGGAUUCCGGUUCCUGACCUGAGAGUAGGCACUAUAAAAUGCAGUGGGGCUUACUUCCGAGUAAACAUGCAUAGCUUCGGCUAUGGGGCGGUAUACAAAUGCAAUAAAUAAAUGCAUAUGAUCGCGCUGUUAUAAUCGCAUGAGAAAUGGUGAACUACAGCCCCAUUCCCUUCGAUGCCUGAAAUGUGUCAGUACGUCGAACUUUAAGGUGCUAGCCUUUAAGGUGCCGCAAGACUCUUCACUAAGUUUGGGUUAAGUGUUGUGGAAACACUUCAUUAAGGGUUGUGGAUUUUUGUUUCUAAGCGUACACGAAUCUGGAGCGGGAGGAGACGGGAAAUAGGUCUGGUCGUGGAAUCUGGUAAAUCGGCCUCAUCUCGUAGACGUCGUUGGACUCCAAUUCCCAUGGGCCCCAGCAAGCAGAGCCAAUUGCCAGGGUAACAACAUCAGUGUGGCCGCGGCGUCGCUCUUAGGAUCGGGCGGUGAGGGCAUCAAGAGCCUUCACUCUUUUGCACCGCGGGUUCCCCAACUGUGGCUAUAAAUAUCUUGCUUCGGCAACCUGCUUUAAUAUUGUGUCGCCAGACUCGCCACCCCCAGUGACUUGCACCGUAAUCGCUGCAGACAGCAGACUAACGCGGCUUUCCCUCAAGUCGAGAAUUAACUUCCAAAGAGGAAUAAUGUUUGCAACAGUAACCAGAGUCUCAGGUGCUGCUGGCGCCUUAAAAGACGAAAUAGAAUUGUGAGCGUCAUUUGCAGUGAGAUGAAAUCAUAGGAGCUGUCGGGGCAACGGCAGUACGUACGCGCAGUCAGCUUGUCCCAGCAGUUUCGUUGGACGGUUGUCGCGUUAGUGCUGCUGGGUGAGGCACGAUGACCACCUCUAGCAGUAAACCGCUACAGCCCGUCACCCACGUCAUUUUUGACUUGGACGGCACCCUUCUGAAUACUGAAACGCUUUAUACUGAGGUAAUACAAGAUAUCUGUACCCGCUACGGGAAGCAAUUCUCUUGGGACUUGAAAUCCACAAUUAUGGGCAGAAGAGAAGCAGAGGCAAUAGUGAUGAUUCAAAAGACCCUCGACCUCCCCUUAAGCCCAGAUGAACUAAUGGAAGAAACGAAGAAGAAGAAGAAAGAAUUAUUCCCAAAAGCUGCACUGAUGCCAGGCGCUGAAAAACUUGUCCUCCAUCUACAUCAGAACAAGAUACCCAUGGCAAUUGCCAGCAGCUCCAUUCAAGAGGCCUUUGACAUGAAAACAGGCCACCACAAAGCCUUCUUUCACUUAUUUCAUCAUGUUGUGCUAGGAGAUAACCCUGAAUUGAAGGCUGGCAAGCCAGCGCCUGAUAUUUUUUUAAUCUGCGCAAAGAGAUUUGAGGCACCAGCACCUCCAGAAAAGUGUCUUGUGUUUGAAGAUGCCUCUAAUGGGGUCAAAGCAGCAGUGGGCGCUGGCAUGCAAGUGGUCAUGGUCCCAGAUGAGAACCUGGCAAAAGAGUUUACUAAAGAAGCUACCCUGGUACUCCGCUCGAUGAGUGACUUUAAGCCAGAAAUGUUUGGGUUACCAAAAUUUCAGUGAAAAAGAGUUUCAUAUUGACCAGAUUAAUUUAGCCUUCCCCAUUGGAGAAAAGGGCAAAUUUUUUAUCAUUAUUAAAGGGUUCAGAAGCUCAAAUGUAGUUAUAUUCUCCAUUUCUGUAAACUCAUUUAGGCCAGUGGGCUUGUAUGCUAUGCUCAUAUAACAACUAGCUUUUCACACUCCUGUUUUUGGCAACCCUGAAAAGCAGAGCCACUUAAGGAAGAGUGUCUCAGCAUAAGGAACUGCUAUGAGACAGGGGGGAAAGGAGACAAAUCAUUUGUAUCACACCUUUACUCCAAGGAGCUGAAGGUGGCAUAUAUGGUUCUCCCCUUCUCCUUUUUAUCCUCACAACAACGCUGUGAUGUAGGUUAGGCUGGGAGAU